AUGCAAAAGGUCGACAGCAAACUGGAAGAUGCUCAAAGGCUCAGAUCCCCCAAGGCAUUGUGUGACGCAACAAGGGCUUUGACUGAUUGGCAGAAGAUAGCAAUAGGGACAAAGGAGGUUGAUGAGCUUCACUUCCUGUCCAGGGAACGUACACUGAAGCAGUUAUGGUCAAGUCUUGGGUUUGGAAGUCUUGAGGAUGAUCUGACGGCGUCAAAAUCUAAAAGCAAGUCAACUCAAGAUGGUCCAAGCAAAGAAGAAAUGCAGGCUGCCUAUGCUUACUAUGUUGAGGAGUACUGCUAUGGAGUUGGCUGUCUUGACAAGUCCAAGCUUCCUAUCCCUACAGUUGGUGUCUCUGGUCUCCACAGUUUGGUGGAUGGGUGCAAGGAUAUUGGGGUAUUGCAUCUCAAGUCCUUGUCCACGGAGGCUCUGUGGGCCCAGCUAGGACUGCCAGGUGUGGAUCAGUUCCCGUUUGCAGAGCCUGGCACUGGUGAAAGCGCCAAAGACAUGGCUCCACUGGCCAAAACUUGUGCGGUGCCGUUUUGGCAUCAAGUGGUAGGCACUCUCAGAAUCUUGGAAGGCGCUUUCACACAGAGAGUGGGCAAUUGCGCCCAACCAACUUUACUGUGCAACAAUGUUGGACUUGGAAAGACGGUGCAAAUCAUUGGGGUCAUUAGCAUGAUCCAACAUUACUAUAAGCAACAGGAACUGCCAGCCAAAGAGCGUCUUGCAACACCCAUGUUUAUCCAAGAGCAAAGCUCGCCAUACUUUGCAGGCCAAAAGACCAUACCAAAUUUGCCAUCAAUUGUCAUUACUCCGCGGACACUUGGCAAUCAAUGGAUGGAGCAAUGGAAGAAGUUUACCCAGCUUGGUAGUUUUGUUCCUGUCCGGUACUCAGUUGAGAGCGGCACCCUUGAGAGCUUCUGCAGUGACCCAACAGGUCCAUACUGCGCUGCAGCUGGACAAGACUUGGAGCAUGCAGGGCGAGUGGUUAUCAUUGCAGACCUAUUGGCUAUUGCAAAGGAAGCAAAACGGUGCUUACAGCUCCCUCCUGCAUUCAAGGGCAGGGAUCAGCAAUGCAGGCUCACUCUUUGGAAUGCGCUUUGGGUGGCAGCUGUGGACAAGAUACACAAUCUCCAAAACAGCAGUCACACUCAACAAGGGGUUCAGCUCAUUACUCAGUCCUUGUCCUUGGUGAUUGGAGCAACCGCCACACCAUUGUUUACGUUGCUCAAAUGCCUGCUUGCUCUUGGACGGAACCUGCGCUACCUGCCAUUGCUUGGUGAGCAAGGAGUUCAGGUCUGGAACAAGAUGCAGGAAAUGCUGUCAACUGGUAAUGAAAGUUGGAGGCUUACAAGCACAGCGGUAAUUCAAGCCACAGUAGAAAGGGAGCUUCAAGCGGCACUUUUACUUGGCAAAAUUCCCUUGUACAACCCCCGCGCUGCUAAGAUCAAGGAAGAACUGGAAAGCAAGUACCAGGCUGAGGACCAGCGGAGCAUCCUCCAUAUGAUUCAUGUCUCAAAGCAGCCACUAAACAUGUUGCGCUUGCUUCUUCUCCCCAUCAUGAUUUGUCGCACAAAUGAGUCCUUAGACUAUUUGGGCAGACAAAUCUUGGAUCUCCCGUUUGUACAGAAGUUCAUUGCUUGGGCACCCAUGAAUGAAGAAGAGAAGGAAAUGCAACGGGUCAUCAAUCAAGAGCACACACAGCAGAAGAGCAAAAAAACAAAACUGGCGCAAAAGGCUAAGGCUGCCAAGAGACAAAAAAGAAAGCAAGCGCAGGACAAUGUGGGUGACAAUGAGGAUGAGGAUGUAGAUGAGAAUGCAUGGAAUGGGUCUCAGGCACAGGGGGAGGUGGAACGGAGCAAUUGCAAGAAUGUCAGGUGGCAUAACUUCCUGAUAGAACAGAAGUUUGCUGGUAUGCUGGCUAAGCUGGGAGCGCUACGGCUGGAAGAGCAGGCUCAGGAGCUUGAUCAUGGUACCUUGACAAACAAAGUCACCGACGACUGGACAGUGGAGAAUCCGCCCCAGAAGAUGUCCACAAGGAUGCAAUGUGUCAUGGGAUUGAUUGAGUGGUUCUGGAUUGGCAACCCCAAACCCGUUGCAUUGCUUGAGGAUGGUACACUAGAUAAAGCAAGGCUUGUGCAAGAACCUUUGCCCAGCAAGAAGCCGCGGAAGUUUCUCAUAUACGUCAAAUUUCAGCAGCACCAAGCACUCAUUGCAAAGAUGCUCACUCUCAAAGAAAAAGACUAUGUGACGUACAACAGCUCUAUGGCUACCACCAAGCGUCAACGGUCUGUUGAGAAGUUUGCCAAUGACCCAUCAUGCCAAAUCAUGAUCAUCAGCAAUGUAGGCUCAGCUGGUCUCAACUUGGUGGAAGCCUCAGUUGUGAUCAUUGUAAGCAGUGUUUGGUCUGGGCUUGAGCUUGACCAAACCACGGGUUGCGUUGAUUGCCCUGGGCAGCUGCAAGAUGUAGCUGUAUACAACAUCAUGGCGCCAGAGGGAAUUGAUCUGGCCCUGAAUGUUUACGCAGAUAGUAAGGCACAGCUCUCUAACCAUUUCCUGAGCUUGCAAAGAACCUUGCAAACUGUGUACUCGGAAAUUGCUCAGCCACACUCCAAUGAUCACGAUGAGCUUGACUUGGAGGAGAUCCCUGCAGUCCCUUCAACAAAGGGUACAAAACCAUCCACUUCCAAAGCUGGGCCACACAAGAGAAAAAGCCAAAAUGAACAAUGCUCUCAAGAUGCAAAUGCUGUUCAAAAGCUAGCCCUAGCCAAGGCACUGGGAUCACAGGUUUCUGGUGCUCCCUCAAGCAAUUUGUCCUAG